CUGAAAGGGGUUUGAAUCAGGAAGUGUUGAGGGUGGACAUGGAUUCCAGACAGCAGGUCCAGAGUUUGACCGAGGAGGCAAUCUGUCCCAUUUGUCAGGAUUUCUUCACCGAUCCGGUUAUACUGGAGUGUGAACACAACUUCUGCCGCUCCUGUAUCACCCAGAGUUGGGAAAGGCAGGAGAUAAACUCCUGCCCGGAAUGUAGACAGGAGUUUCCGGACAGAUCCCUCAGAGGAAACCGGGCCUUAGCGAAUCUGGCCGAGAAAGCUCGAACAUUAAAUCUGAAUCCACAAGAGAAGGAAAGUAAACAUCACUGUGAGGAACAUCAGGAAGAACUGAAGCUGUUUUGUGAAACUGACAAGAAAUUGAUCUGUGUGAUUUGUAGAGAUUCCGGGGAACACAAAUCUCACAACCUCAUCCAGAUCACAGAAGCUGUUGGAAUCUACAAGGAUCGGGUGAAAUCUUCUUUGGAAUCUCUCACAGGGAAGAAAUCGGCGGCUCUAGAAAUGGAGCAGCAGCAGAAACAGCAGAUUUCCCAAAUUCAGGAGGAAUCCAGCAGCCUGCAGACCCACAUCAAAUCCGAGUUCACUAAAAUGCACCAGAUGCUGACUGAGAAAGAGCAGAGUUUACUCCGAGAUCUCAGGGAACAAGAGGAAAACAUUCUCAAACCAAUGGAGGAACAUCUUCAAGAAAUUCAAGGGAAUUUAAAGUCUAUUCAGGAGAAACUUUCAAAGUUGGAAAAACAGCUGGAACAAACAGACGGAGUGAUAUUUCUGAAGGAGCAAACAUCUCGGAAGAGGAGGAUUAGUGAAGAGUUUAAUAUGCUCUCGCUGACGGAUGGUAUCCUCUCCACUCAAACAUUCUACAGCCUCUUCCCAUUUCUUGUGUGGAAAGAAAUGCAGGAAGCCACUCAACCUGUCUCUGUGACCCUGGAUGUGGAAACAGCAAGUCCCCAGCUCGUGGUGUCUGAGGAUCUGAAGAGUUUGCGAUUGAUUCGGACCAGGAGGAGUCUCCCUGACAACGAGAAGAGGUUUUCAAAUCGGGGCAGUCUCUGUGCCCUGGGAUCAGAGGGAUUCACAUCGGGGAGACAUUACUGGGAGGUGGAGGUGGGGGGGAAUCAGGGCUGGAGUCUGGGAGUAGCCUCAGAAUCUGUGGAGAGGAAGAGAUGGGUCAGUCUGAUCCCGGAGAAUGGAUUCUGGACCAUGGCACGGGAUGAGGAUCAGUUUUAUACUAACACCUCUCCUCUAUCCCCUCUCUGUGUCGGUCAGAUCCCCAGGAUGGUGGGAGUUUAUCUCAGUUAUGAAUCUGGGACUGUUUCAUUUUACAAUGUGGACACCAAGUCCCAUCUCCACACCUUCACUGGGAAUAAAUUCACUGGGAAACUUUUUCCUUUCUUCGAGGUUUGGGGUUUAAACAAGUUUCUGAGAAUCAGCUGUUAAAGGGGUGGGGCCUCCCUGACGUCACAAUGACCCCCGGGUUUAGGGUCUGGGUCAGGGAUUGGGGUCAGAAACCUCCCAUUGACAACAGGAUGUUACUGAAUGUGUUAUUGAAUUCUGAGAUUAUACUUUGUAACAUCAUAACCAAACUGUCAAUACAUCAGAUACAAAUAUAAAUGUCAGAUGGUGAAAA